AUGGCUUCCGUCAAAGUUGGAGACACUAUCCCUGAGGGAACUUUCCAAUAUGUUCCAUACACCCCCGAUCUUGAGAAUGCUACCUCCCUCUCUACCAACGAGUGGAAGGGCAAGAAGGUCGUUCUUUUCUCUGUCCCCGGAGCCUUCACCCCCACAUGCCAUGUGAACCACCUGCCACCCUACCUCCAAAAAUACGACGAAUUCAAGGCUAAGGGCGUCGAUGUUAUCGCCGUCGUAGCUGCCAAUGAUCCCUUUGUGAUGAGCGGAUGGGGUCGCGUUGAAGGUCUCAAGGACAAGAUUCUCUCCCUUUCUGACGCCAAUGCCCAAUGGAACAGCAAGCUCGGUCUUACUCUUGAUCUAACUGACAAGGGCUUUGGAAUUCGCACCGCCCGAUAUGCUUUGAUCAUUGACGACCUGGUCAUCAAGUACUUUGGUCCUGAGCCAGGUCCCGGUGUCACCGCUUCCGGUGCUGAUGCUGUCCUCGCAGCUUUGUAA